GAUGGUAUGUCUGUGCAAAUUCAUCCUUGUUUGCAACUUCUGUCCUGUUUCGCCAACAUAUGAUCCUUUGUUACAUUUUCUUUACUGGAUAAGGUACACAACAUUACUAGAGAAACAAUUGAGAAAUGAUGCAAACUGUGCAACCAAAUCAAUCCAUCAAAAAGUGUCACACACACUCAAAAGGGAUCUUCAAUAUCUCCGGAUCAUACAGCUGCACCUCUAGUAAUGUUGUGUACCUUAUCCAGUAAAGAAAAUGUAGCAUAGGAUCUUAUGUUGGCGAAACAGGACAGAA